CAGACUGCUGUGACUGAAAGAGUCACACAUCGGAGUUUGUACUCGGCAACGUCGGAGGUCAUUUUUACAACAGCGGACCGGUGGGGGUAAACGGACGUGAUGGAGAGUGGAGAUGACAAUGUCCUACGGCCCCGCUGCCGAGGCUUUCCUAAGAUGCCCACCUUCUCUGAUUUCGAUAGCUCUUUGGAUGGGGAAUGUAGCCCAGAACACCAGCAAAGCAAUGGAGAGAGCCACAUAACCAGCAAUGGAAAAAUUGAAGUAGAACAUGUGAUCAGCAAAAAGCUACAACUGAAGAGGAAAGCAGAGCAUCUGAAGAGUGACCUGAUGCGUCAGUUGGACAGCCAGGUCAAUGACUUCAUGGACAGUCUUAUUGAGGAAUCUGCUACCCUGGAACCUGCACCUGUCCCCGCUGUCUUUUCACCACCACUGUCAGACAAAGAGAGGAGCAAACUCAGGCAUUUUCGGCCUCCUCAUGGCAAGCAGUUUGUUGGUCGCCGGUCCCUUCUGGAUGAGCUGUUUGAGGUGAACCACAUCAGGACUAUCUACCACAUGUUCAUUGCCCUGCUCAUUCUCUUCAUCCUCAGCACUCUUGUGGUAGAUUUCAUUGAUGAAGGCAGGCUGGUGCUGGAUUUCAACCUGCUGGUCUAUGCAUUUGGACAGUUUCCCCUGGUGGUGUGUACGUGGAUCUGCAUGUUUCUUUCAGUGUUGGUGGUGCCCUACGCCCUGUUCCACCAGUGGUCACAGACCCAAUCUGGCUCCUAUAGUCAUCCCAGGCUGUACAAUUUUCUGUUUGGCUCAGUAUUCCUAAUCUACCAAACUCUAGGUUUGGGAUUACUGCCUACAUAUGUAGUAGUGACCAACAGUUUUCCGCCUGCAUCCUGCUUCAUCAUCAUCCUGGAACAGGUGCGUCUAAUGAUGAAAGCCCAUUCCUUUGUCAGGGAGAAUGUACCAAGAUUCCUGACUGGGGCUAAAGACAAGACCAGCCCUGGCCCAGCAGUGCCUCAGGUUUCUCAGUAUCUCUACUUUCUGUUUGCACCCACGCUUAUCUACAGAGAUAAGUACCCCAGGAACCCAGUGAUCAGAUGGGGCUACGUGGCAACAAAGCUACUCCAGGUACUAGGCUGUCUGUUUUAUGCCUAUUAUGUGUUUGUGCGGCUCUGCAUCCCUCAGUUCCGCAGCAUCAGUCUGCAGCUGUUAAACCUGAGGGCCAUGGUCCUCUGUGUAUUCAACUCCAUCCUGCCAGGAGUGUUGAUUCUCUUCCUGGGUUUCUUUGCGUUCCUCCAUUGUUGGCUCAAUGCAUUUGCUGAGAUGCUUCGGUUUGCGGAUAGGAUGUUUUACAAGGAUUGGUGGAAUUCAACAUCUUUUGCCAAUUAUUAUCGCACUUGGAAUGUAGUGGUCCACGACUGGCUAUAUUACUACGUGUACCGGGACUUCCUGUGGAUGUCUCAGAAGCGUUUCAGACCAGCAGCCAUGCUGUUUGUGUUUACAGUGUCAGCAGUCGUCCACGAGUACAUUCUUGCCAUCUGCUUUGGCUUCUUCUAUCCUGUGCUCUUCUGCCUGUUUAUGUGCUUUGGAAUGAUGUUCAACUUCAUUCUGCAUGACCGAAGGAAAGGUCCCAUCUGGAACAUAAUCAUGUGGACAUCCAUCUUCCUGGGUCAGGGAGUCAUUAUCUGUCUGUACUCCCAGGAGUGGUAUGCCCAGCACUACUGUCCUUUGAAAGAGCCUUCCUUUCUAGAGUUACUGAAGCCUCGCUCCUGGAGCUGUCAGGGAGGACUGAUGGGGGACUGAGAGGCUGUGACCUACAUUUGGACCGCUGCUGAGGACCAUCACUGAUCAGUGUCAAUUUGACCAGCCUUUAUGUUGUCAUAACUUUUGACCCAUGUUUGUUAUUUUUAUUGCACUAAGGUCAUGACUGAGUCUUUGUACGAAUGUAUAGAAGAAGAUGAAAAAGUCCAAUAAGUAUCCGCCAAAAUGUUCUUUACUCAAACAGCAGAGCCACAAUGAUGCCUUACUUAUCUGUUUUACGUUCCCAAAAACAAACCCACAACAAAAUUACAAGUUCACAUAAAACCACAUGUGAACUCUUUUACUUUUAUGUACUAUUUAUUUUUCAGAUGUAUUCCCGAUCCUUCAGCCUUGAUCAACUGUGAAACUCCUGCUUGUGCCAAUAUGAUAGUGGCAAUCCAUAAUAGGGCAGCUAAAGACAAAUAUUACACAAGACAAACACUGUUCACUUAUGCAGUAGUGGUGAAUAUUUAACAAAGUUAGCAAUGACUGACAUUCAGUAUAUUGUUUAGAAAGACAUUUGAAGUUAUUUAUUUUCACUGCCAAUAAGAUUUAUGUUAGAAAAUGACCACUGUCUGUAUAAAUCUAUGAGAAACUGUGGCUCUAUAGUGGCUGCUGUAUUAUAACUUCAAGAUUGCAGUGCUGGCUUUUGUAAAGCACACAAUGAAGGUUGCGUCGAUAUGCAUGCAUUGUCAGGAUAU